AUGGCUGAUGCUACACGACCCCUCUCUUAUGCAAACAGCGACGAAAAAAUGCCUGUCACUCCAUCUGAGCCUUCAAGUCCGCCGAAAGCAUACGAUCCUCAUGCUGUGGAGAGGGGCCAUCCUUCCCCUGGGGAGCCCAUAACGGCGGUCAAUAGUAUCAUUCUUGAGGAGGGCUUGAUGAACAAGGAGGCUCGUUCGCCCACCACCCCAGCUGCACAAGAUUCAGAAGAGCCGGAAAUUCCAGUUUCCGAGCUACCUCUGAUUACUGGGAACACGAUCCAAUGUGCCAUGGCUAUUGCCAAGUUGUUUACCAAGUACCCCCAUCCUGUAACCGAAAAUCCCUGGCCAACCACUGUGCCAGAACAAGUAUCGUGGAACCCACUCGCAGCCGAGCAAUGGGACUGGCGACGUGACACUGGGCUCAAGACCUCUGAUGCACAGGCUCUCGCAUCCUUGUUGUGCUUCCUGUUUGGUGCAUUCUGUGGGCGACUCGGCGACCAUAUCGGUGCCAGGAAACGAGCCUGGCUCAUAUCAACCACCUUCCUUCAGGCUAUGUUUACACUUGGGGCGACACUUUGCUGCCAUGCAAACGGCGAGAGCUCUUUUGCGGGCGCUAGGGGAAGCGAGUUUGCCAAUUGGGGAAACGUGCUCGGAUUUUGCACCUUGGGCUUUACAAGCGCUGCCAUGGGUCUUCAAGCUCACACUGGUGUCCGAAUCGGAAACAUUUUCAAUUCCUCGGUCGUCCUUACCACAAUUUGGGUGCAGUUUGUUGGAGAGCCCAAGUUGUUCAAACCGGCUGUGAUCAAGCAACGAGACCACAAAGCUAUUGCUGUCUUGGGUCUGAUUAUUGGAGGUAUUGCCGGCCGAGCAUUGGUUGACGCUAUCGGAUCUACCUGGACUUUUGGUAUUGGUGCAAUUAUCCGAGUGCUCAUUGCUCUGAGCUGGCUCAGCAUCCCUGCUGCCAAGCGAAAAAGAGCUGAGCGCUCAGUCUCGUAA